AUAUUACUCCAAACUAUUCACCAUACAUAGUUAGUUUGUUGCUGCGUCCACCCUCAAUUGCUCAUAGAAAAAACUAGAUUAUGAGUGGCUUCAAUGAAAAUGAAAUGAAUGGAGAUAGCCGAUUAUUGACCAUGCCUGAUGAACAAGAUGAAAAUGAUACAUUAGACGUUUUAGAAGAUCCAAAUUUAGAUGGCACGGGGGAUUCAAAUCUUGAUUUGCAAAUAGAAGACCCAGAAUUAGAGGAUAUCAAGGCUAGAGUUAGAGAAAUGGAAGAAGAAGCUGCAAAAUUAAAACAAAUGCAAAAUGAAGUUGAAAAACAAAUGAAUUUAGCAAGCCCCUCUUUAAAUUUUCCAUCAGUUGAAGAGAAAAUUGAAGCUGAUGCCAGAUCUAUAUAUGUUGGAAAUGUUGAUUAUGGAGCGACUGCUGAAGAAUUAGAGUAUCAUUUUCAUGGCUGUGGUCCAGUUAAUAGAGUUACUAUUUUAGUUGAUAAAUUUACUGGAAAACCAAAAGGGUUUGCAUAUAUUGAGUUUGCUGACAAAGAAUCAAUGAAUCCUGCUAUUGCUUUAGAUGAAUCCUUAUUUCGUGGCAGGCAAAUCAAAGUAAAUGCCAAAAGAACAAAUCAACCUGGUAUAAGCACAACGAAUCGGCGACCCAGAGGAUUUGGAGGUAGGGUAAUGAGAAGGCCUUCUUAUUCUCACUUUGGAGCCAGUCCUUAUGCACCAUACGCCCCUAGGAGAGCAACACGUUUCAGAGGUCGUAGACCGCCUUACUGGGGCUAUUAACAAGUUUUAUCAGACUAGGAAGAAUGAAAAAAUAAUAAAUUGUGAUAUAUUUGCAUGCUGUGCAUAAAUGUAGUUUAGAUGCGAUAUUAAAUGUAAUAUAAUAUUGGUAUAAUUUGUCUCCUCCAUAUAUUUUAAUUUCAAACUUGUAAAUAUUGUAUAUAAUGAUUAAUUAAUUGUAUGUACAAUUCCAAAAAA